AUGGUGAUUAAAAGAGCUUGGGAAGACAGAAUACAAGAACUUCUGCAUAUAACGAUUGAUCCUUUCUUACAAGAUUUAUCAAAGACUUGUUUAGAUGAAGCUACUAGAAUCACAUUUUUAAAUGAGUCGGAGGCAAAAGUUGAUCAGUUUUUCAAAGAUUCCAUCAUUAAAUCGAUGGAAGCUUCUAUAUUUUUACCACCAAUACUACGAAGGAAAAGAAAAUUAGAUGAAACUAAUGAAGAGACCGAGCCAAAUUCAAGUCAACUGAGACAACAAGCUCAAAAUAAUGAUAACAACCAGGAAUCACAACAGACGGAAGGACCAAAUGUUAGUCAAAAGAAUAAACUACCGCAUCAUACAUCCAAAAAUAAACCUUUUGACUCAAUAUCAUCAUUAAAAACGCAAAAACAGAUCGACAAAGAAGAACUAGAUAGCUUUUUAAAUCAAGAUCUAAGUCAAUUGGAAGUAUUAACUGUUCCUGAACAUUAUCCAUUAAAACCUCAAAGUGUUAGCUCAUUAACAGAAUUGUAUUAUUUAACUCAAACACUUGCAUCCAAUAAACUACUACCUGGAAGUCAUAAGGCCUUAAUGACCGAAAAUUACGAACUAGCUUUAUUAGAGGGAAAAGUUGCAGUUUUAUACUCGAGAAUUGAAGAAUUGAAAAGACAAGGUAAGUGGUCAUCUAGGCAACCAGAAAGAUUUUAUGACCCUUUCACCAGAUUCAAAAGUUUUACUUGGGACAAUUUAUUGAAAGAAGCUAAAUGGAUGGCUGAAGACUUUAAGGAAGCUGGCAAGUAUAAAAAAUUCUGUUGCGUAACGAUGGCUCAAGCAGUGAAUGAGUAUUGGACAUUAGGUAAAGAGGCAACUUGUAUUAAAAGGAAGGAACCAACACCGCCUGAAAAGGAGAUUGACACUGAUCAAGUCAUGAAAGAUGUUGAAAAUGGAGAAGAGGAGGCGGUUAAUGCAAAUAGAGAAGAGGUAACUGAAGCUAGUACUGAAGCUGGUAAUGAAGUGAAACAUGAGAAUGAAAACAUUAAUCCGCAAGUUAUUUUAAAAGAAGCAGAGAAUUCUCAAAUACAAAAACCCAAGGAAAAUUCGACAUCAUCAUUAUUCUCCAAAUUAGAAUUGAACUCAUCGGUUACUGUACUCAAAAUGGAAGAAAUAAAUAAAGUCGCAAAUUCUGUAUUAAAAUCAAUUCCUGAUUAUACUCCAUAUGAUGGAAAUAGAAUCGGUCAACCAAUUGAACCCAGGGAAUCUCCAAUUGUUGCUGUUUCGAAGUUAUUACUACCAUUUGAAAAUGAUCAAGGCUGGUACAAGGUUGUUUUAAAAACCAACAAUGAGAAUAAUAAUGAGCCACAUCGUUUGCCUGAAUACCAAAAGGGAGUUUUUGGUUCACAAUCACAUCGUAAAUUUCAAGCAUUGAAACCUCCAAAACCCCCAUCAAUCAGUAACAUUGAAUUCAGGUCUCCGACAAUUUGGCUGCCAGAGGACGAUAAACGUUUGAUACAUUACGUUGCUGAAUUUUGUUUUAAUUGGGAUCUCAUAGCUGAGCAUAUUCUGGUUGAGUCAUUUGCAACUAGUUUAAAAAAAUAUGAGUCAAAUAUUGAAAGAAGAACUCCUUGGCAAUGUUUUGAAAGAUAUAUUCAAUUGAAUCAAAAAUUUCAAUUCUCAGAUAUGAAAGGUGGGUAUUCUUAUCAUGCUCAACAAUGGCUCGAACAAGCUCAUAAAACUCAACUGACUACAAAAAGAAGAAUUUCACCAUUAGGUGUUGGUAAUGAAUCCAUUCAGAGAGGUCACAGAAAAUUAAGAUGGGCAUCGAUGUUUGAUGCCAUGAGAAAAGCUAUGAAAAAAAGGGAAGUAGCUUUAGCUAAGAUAAACCACAAGAGAUCAACAACUGAAGCUCAAAUGAAUCAACAAAAUAUAACGAAUGGAGAUAAACGAACAAAUGUGAGCAAAACUCCAACCCCAGCUGAAUUGUCCAAGUUGAAAUAUGAGCGAGACAAAGCCAUUCAACAAAAUUCAAGAAGUCGUCUCAUGCAAGCUGUGGCCCAACAACAACAGCAACAACAGCAUCCUAAUCCUCAGGCUCAACAACAACAAUUACAAAUGCAGCAGCAACGUUUGCAGCAACAACAACAACAUCAACAACAGUUUCCUCAAUCACAAAUACAUCAGCAGCAUCAACCUCAGCAACAAAUUCCAAUAGAACAACAACAACAACAACAAAGACAACAACAAUUACAACAGCAAUUACAGCAACAAGCUCAACAAAUGCAACAAAGAAACACUCAAAUUAAUCAACAAAUACCGAAACCAAUUCAACAACAAGUUCAGAAUCGAUUUCAAAAUCAACCUCAGCAUAAUUCAGAUUUUAAUCAAAAUCAAACUCCGAGACCUGAACAAAUUCUUCAAAGAGCUCAAAAUGCAGCAAUGAACGGGAUGUCAUCACAAACUCAAGUUACAUUGAAAGAUAAUCAAUUUCCGCAACAGAAUGCUAUGAAAAUUCCUACAACUACUAAAGAUGGCAAACAAUUAACUAAUGAACAAAUACAACAAUUAUUACAAAUGGAAAAACAAAGAAGAAUGCUUCAACAGCAACAAGGGCUUGAAUUUCAACAAUCAUUAUCAAAUCAAAAUAGUCCAGUUUAUGCUCAACAAUUAUUACAUCCACAACCACCUCAACAACAGCAUCUUCUGCCACAGCUGCAACAACUGCUUCUUCUGCCACAACAUCAACAACAAAAUCUUGUUCUGCUGAACUCUCCGAACAUGCAAUUCAAUGCAAAUCAACAACAACUUAGAGCAGGAAUGCUGCCAAAUAAUGGACAAAAUGCACAGAGAUUCUUUCAACAAUCACCACAACCGCAACAAAACAACAUUCAUCACAAAUUACCACAGCAGCAACAACCUCAACCUCAACCUCAACCUCAACCUCAACCACAACAACCGCAACAACAACAACACCAAAGACCAAGAAUCAAUAUUCCACCAGCACAAAUAUCAGCUAUUAUCAAUUCAAUUCAAAAUCAAAACCCAAAUCUUUCAAAAGAACAAGUUACUAAAUUAGCAGCUCAAUAUUUGAAUAAUUUACAACAACAAGCUCAAAAUAGAAUGAAUAAGAAUAUGUUAGCUCAACAACAACAGCAGCAACAGCCGGGUCAACAACAACGCCAACAAAUGAGUGCUACUGCAAGUCCUCAAAUGGGUCAAACUAAUAUACCAAAUAAUGGUGGAAACAACAACACUAAUAACAACAAGAACAAUACGUAG